AUGUAUGAAGCACGUCAUGAAGGUCAUGAAGAGGCAGCUGCCACCACUUCGGCUCCCUCUGACACCGCAUCGGCAGCGUCCACGACGCCUGCUGCUGUGCAGCCUAUGCCAAUGCACGACGCGGCCGCCUCGGCGGGGCAUAUGCAUGGUCACGAGGAUAUGUUUACUUACGAUACUAUCUCCCCCGAUACGGUGCCGCGUUUCUGCAAAGUUGCGACGGCGGCGGAAAAAGUCGGUCAUGAUGAGUUGGCCGAAUGCAUUGCCAUGGACGAAGUGGAUGCCUUGAUGGGUGCUGAUCAGGCUGGCUGGGCCUUGCGUCCCAGUCCUCCGAUUAGUAUGGCCAAUGUUCACGCCCAUGCACAUGGCUCCGAGGCACCGAUGUUGACGCUCAAUGAGACGCGUCUAUUCCUGCGCAAAGGCGCUGUGCCGAUGAGCUACGUGGAGUGGGACUUUGGCAGUGGUAUGGGCCGCAUGUCAGAGCUUCGCCGCUUUGUCAGUGACGAUGCGGUGCAGGUGCAAACGACCUGGCCUGACCGUCCUGUGAUUGGCCGCUCUGGUGGAUAUUGGCGUACGUUGGGCGACCUUGAUUACCCUGUCGCUUGGAACUCGCUGCGUGAAGAUCUCAAGUACCGUAUUGGCGAUGGGAAGAACGAGCCAACACGUCAGCGUGGUCUAGCGGCUUUGACGACUUUCCUGUUCAUUAUGGCUUGCUUUGUGAUCCUGCCGCUCCUCUUGUGCCUGCAGUCGGCGCAGUCCUCACUGGUCCCUCUCAUGUCGCUGCUAUACCUUGCUGUGCUCACGUCCUCGGUGCUCUUUGGCCGUCUGUACUUUGCUCUGAGCCCUGCGCUGUAUCCGCCCAGCGCGUUGCCGGGCUUGGUGCGUACUGUGCUGUUCCUAUCGUAUGCGUGCUUUGGCUACCCUGCCAUGCAGCUGCUGUUCUUGAUUGUGCCGCUCGUGCGUGGCCGUCUCCGCUCUUGGUCCGACGUGCAGAACCUGAUGCGCGUGAUUACGCGGGGCCCAACGCCCAUGCUGCAAGAGUCGGUUCCGAUGACGCCGACGCCCGCUACGUCGUCUGGCUCGCCGUCGAAUCAGGAUAAUUCGGUGAUGUUCGAUCACGAAGAAGAGAAUGACAAUCCGCUGCUUUCGUCGCCGGCUGAGGACGGCAUGUAUGUGCCACACAUGGGCUCGUCGUCGUUUGAAGACGCGGCCUCGUCGUCCCUGCGCCGCCCAUGGGAUCAGUUUGUGCACAAAUACCCUCGUCUCUACUUUACGCUUAGCCUGAUGUACACGGGCAUUUCACGUGCCAUUGUGCCGCUGGCCUUUGUCGUUGUGUACGUCGCGAUCGCUAUCUACACCGGUUCGUGCCGUCGUCCAUACAAGAACGUGUGUUUGGCGCACGGCAUUAAGGGUGGCAUCUUCUUCUGGUACGGCGUGCUUUCUUUCGCUCGCUACCUGGGUGCGUUUGGUGAGUAUGGCUGGGCCUGGAACAAGCGCCCGACCGUGGCCAACACACGCCACAGCCAUGCUCCGUACUGGCGUCGUACGAUGCCCAGUGGUGAGUUUAUUGAGUGCUCGGCGAUCUUUUUGUACGGUAUUACCAACACCUGGAUGGAGCGUAUGGGUGCCAAGGCUGGUGACCCAUACACGAUCAAGCAGAUUCAACACAUUUCCAUCGCUGUGAUGUUCUGGUUUGUGGGUCUGGUCGGUAUGGCGCUUGAGUCGACCACUGUGCGUCAUUUGCUGGCCUACGCUGUGACGCUCGGCCAUCCCUCAGCGGUCCUGCCGCGCGGUGACCAGGACCGCGUAUCGGCUCAGGUGGCGCCACCGUCGUACGUGAGCAGCUUUAACCCCUUCCCGGCCCUGGUGAUUGGCGUGACGGGUGUGGCCAUGGCUGCGCACCACCAGGACUAUGUCUACGAGGUGGAGAUCCAUAUUCUUUGGGGACAGAUGUUGGCCGCGUUCGGUUUCCUGCGCUGCCUUACCUACUUCUUCUUGUGGGUCCGCCCACCGACGAGUGUACUGCCGAGCCGUCCGCCCACUGAGGCAAUUGGCUCCUUUGCUCUCUGCUGCGGUGGUCUGCUGUUCAUGCUCUCCAACGAAGAAGUGUCGUUUGCCGCAAUGCGUGCUGACUAUGCCGACGGUAUGGCCGUUCUCAAUUUGGCUGUAUCGAUUGUGGGCCUGGUCUUUGCCUGGACGUUCUUCGUCAUGCUUGUCAAGGCGUUGUCUGUGAAACGCAAGGCGGAAUACGCCAUGGACCGACCAGAGGCUAUGCCUUCGGCGUCGGCGCCGAACUCGGCAUGGCCCAAGCCGGGCGACAGUGAUGUGAAAGAGUCGUCGUCUUCGUCCCAAUUUGUUGUGGGUGAAUCGUACGAAUUGGAGUCGGCUCUCUAA